AUGUCCGACGAAAUAGAAGAAGCAAUUUCUCAAGAUGUAAUAAAGCCAAUGACCAGUUGUCGACCACAACCGGCUGCCACUACUCCUGGAGCACCUCAAGUCGGUGCCGCUGCUGCUGCUAUAGCGCCCCCUCUUCUCGUUCGCGUUCGGCCACAACCGGCUGGCGCUCCUCCUGGAACACCUCAAGUCGGGCGGAGUAUGCCCAUUGCAGCUGACGCUGCAAUGGAGCCACGUCUUGUCGGUAGGAGUCGGCCAGUACCGAUUCCCGCUUCUCCUGGACCACCUCAAGUCGGGCGGAGUAUGCCCAUUGUCACUGCCGCUGCUAUGGAGCCACGUCUUGUCGGUCGGAGUCGGCCAGUACUGAUUCCCGCUCCUCCUCGACCACCUCGAGUCGGGCGGAGUAUGCCCAUUGCCGCUGCCGCUGCUAUGGAGCCACGUUUUGUCGGUCGGAUUCGGCCAGUACCGAUUCCCGCUCCUCCUGGACCACCUCAAGUCGGGCGGAGUAUGCCCAUUGCCGCUGCCGCUGCUAUGGAGCCACGUCUUGUCGGUCGGAGUCAGCCAGUACCGAUUCCUGCUUCUCCUGGACCACCUCAAGUCGGGCGGAGUAUGCCCAUUGUCACUGCCGCUGCUAUGGAGCCACGUCUUGUCGGUCGGAGUCGGCCAGUACUGAUUCCCGCUCCUCCUCGACCACCUCGAGUCGGGCGGAGUAUGCCCAUUGCCGCUGCCGCUGCUAUGGAGCCACGUUUUGUCGGUCGGAGUCGGCCAGUACCGAUUCCCGCUCCUCCUGGACCACCUCAAGUCGGGCGGAGUAUGCCCAUUGCCGCUGCCGCUGCUAUAGAGCCACGUCUUGUCGGUCGCGGUCAAAUAUGA